AUGGUCGGAAGAGUACAGAAAAAUAAGGAAACAGAUAACGAGGAGACGAAAAAAGGCUACCUGUGCACCCACAGAACAAGCAAAGAUGGUAAUGGGGUGGCGGUGAGCUGUGAAAGAAUUUCUGAAGAAAUUAAACGGAGCAGUGGAAGUGGGCGGCAGAAGGGAGGAGGCCGGGCAAAGAAGGGGCGAUGGCCGGCGGCGGCAGUAGCGGAGACGUGGUUCCGCGGCGUGCGGAAGCGGCCGUGGGGGCGGUUCGCGGCCGAGAUCAGGGACCCCUGGAAGAAGGUCAGGGUGUGGCUCGGAACCUUCGACUCGGCCGAGGCUGCCGCUCUGGCCUACGACUCCGCCGCUCGCGCGUUCCGUGGUUCCAAGGCCAAGACCAACUUUCCCCUAGCCGCCGCCGCCGCUGCGUCUCCCACCCCUACUCCUGCAUUCCGCUGCCCUCCCUCCGCUGACCCAACCCUAGGGUUUUGA